CAACAAAAUAUCGGAAGUACAUUUUCUGUCCCAUAAUUCCCGUUGCCACCGCCGCCAUAUUUUUUGCAAUCAAGGUGUGACGCUAUGCAGGUAGCGAAUCGUUGACAAAGACAACAAAGAACAGCUGACAAAAGCUGGUGAUUUGUUGACACUCUGAUGCUUCAUUUGUGCUUAUUAAAUUAGUGUUGUGCCUUAACCCGUAGUAUGAGUUCAGAAACACGGACUACAAGUGCUGGAAAGAAAAAAGGAGGUGGAUUUUUAGCUCGUCAUGCCAAAGCUAAUAAACAACAGAAUGAGAACUGUAUAUCGGAAGAAGAGUUGUUAAAAAAAGAUGUUGUUACUCCAGAUGACGUUUUAAGGUUACCAAGAGCAACUGAAAAAUAUCUCUGUUCCCCCGAAGCUAACAUAUAUGGGAUUGAUUUCACAAGAUUCAAACUCCGAGACAUGGAUACGAAAACAGUGCUUUUUGAAGUAGCCAAACCGCCCCCGUCUGAUGAUGAAGAUGGUGAAGAUGAACUAGAGGAUAUGGACCCAAACGCAGGCAGAUUUGUCCGAUACCAGUUCACACCACAGUUCUUGAAACUGAGAAGUGUUGGGGCUACUGUUGAGUUUGUGGUUGGAAACAAGGCAGUCAACAAGUUUCGGAUGAUUGAGAAGCACUACUUUCGUGACAGAAUGCUGAAAUGUUUUGAUUUUGAGUUCGGUUUUUGCAUCCCACGAAGCCGGAACACCGUAGAGCACAUAUACGAGUUUCCAAACCUCUCACCUGAUGAAAUCCAAGAUAUGAUUGAUCAUCCAUAUGAAACAAAAUCUGACAGCUUCUACUUCGUGGAGGAGAAGUUGAUAAUGCACAAUAAGGCAGACUACGCAUACAAUGGGGAAGCCUAAAAAGACCUGUUUCAUCUGAUUCCCAAUAAUGUUCUUGUGUUUAUUGUAAUAACUUGUGACUCGAUAAUAAUCUUUGGAGAUCCAAAUUUUGAAUUUAUUUGUUAGCUCAUUUAAUGUUAACAGGAAAGGUAUUAAAAUAAUUUACUGAUAAGAUAUUAUUUUUAAAAGUAUAUUACUGGUACAAAUUUCAUUUAAAACGGAUUUUCAAGUUGAUAUUGCACACAUUAAACAUGUUUUUCAUGUGUUACUGUUUAGGUUUUUAAAACGUUUUUAUAAGCACUUUAUAAUUUUGUCAUAUUUCCUUUUAGCAUCAGUUAUAUAAAAAAAAAUGUAGUAAAAAUGUUUAUGUAAGCCAGAGUAAUAGGGCAUAUAAUAUACGAGAUCAAAAACAUUGCUAAUGUCUUUAUCUUGGUCAGACUUUUAAAUAAACGAUAGUAAUAGGUAUAAUAUCUUUACAAUUCUCUCAACUUUCCAUUUUAUUUAGAUGUCAUUACAUGGAAAGGAAAUGGUGAAACGUGCGGUAGUUCACCACUUAUUCGGGAGGCCAAGCACUGCCAUACUGGUAUCAUUGUCUUCUGUAGUAUCACAUUCAUCUAAUGUUAGGUGUGAAAAUCCUCCAGUAAUAUAUAUUUAUUAUGUGUGUACUGUUAGCAAGGGGAAUGGAUGUUACAAUAAUUUGGAUUCUGGAAAGGUUAUCGGUUUGAAAGGGAUUUCACAGCGAUCACAGUGAUUUGGAUUACAGUAAAACAAGACAUUUAAAGGCAUUCUGCCAUGCUGUAAAUAUAUAUCUUUGUUUUUAUGUGCAGUCUAAUAGACAAAUUAAUAUAUAUAUAUACUGUAAAUCAGAAAAUAUUGGUGAGCAUAAAAUACAAGCAAUUAAGUAGUAGUUUGAAAUUCUUAAACUCUACCAAAAUUUGUAAAUUAUAACAGCUAUAGCUCUUUAUAGUAGCAAGAGAUGGGGGUUACAUUUUGCAUUAAUGUGGCUGCCCAGUUUUUUGUUUUAAAGUAAAGAUGAAUGAGUACAGUUAAUUCUCUUCGUCCAUUUACAACCAGAAGUAGGUCAUGACAUUUGUCAUCAAAUUUUUUACAUUUUAUUUUAAUGUUCGAUAUGCUGACUUAGUUGUAUUUCUAUGACUAAAACAUCAAUAAGUUACCUAUCGCUAUAAUUUACGGUUGCUAACAUUUUAUGAGUUACAGUGUUAUGCAAUUUUUAUUUAGUUUUACCACAAAUGGGAAUUUAUUACCAAUGUUCAUAAAAGUUAUUUAUUUUUCUGUAUAUGUAUAUUGGCUUAUCAAUAUAUUCCAUGAUUUUGUCAUUAGUAUAGUAAUUUAACUAAAAAUUAUGUGUUUUGUGAUAUUUAUGUUGUGAAGUCAUGUGUCUUUGUCCUUGUGGGAAGUUGUGCCAAUUUAAAUAUAUAAUGAGGGUUAAUUAGCUAAAGCUAAUAGGAUUUGAUAUCUUAGGACUAUUGCAGUCAAUAUUACUGACGUCCAUUUCAAAAAAAAUUCAGGACUAUACUAUGUGCAUAUCUAUUGCUAAAACUGCAAUGAGCACUUACCCCAUUAACCCGUUUACCUAGAAAUACUAAAGUCGAAAACAUUAGUAUUUUUUAUUCACGCACACCCUUUGCCAACUAAGUGAGUUUUAUAUUAGGUAAAUGCACCAUCAUAUCAUUUGGUAGUUAAUUAAUUUAUUUUUCUUGUUGCUUUAACUCAUUUUUUAUUCCAUGAAAUUAAAAAGAAAAAAAGUAACAGUUUAGAUCCAUUAUAAUUAAUUUAAAAUGUACACACAUUCCUUGGAAUUUUCUAGUGUUUGUAUGUUUUAACUUAAUUUGGUCACAAGAAUUCCUGGAAAUGGCUCAGGUUUCAAGAAGUUAUAUAUAUAUAUAUAUAUAUAUAUAUAUAUAUAUAUAUAUAUAUAUAUAUAUAUAUAUAUAUAUUGAUAUUCUAGUGUAUUUUAUUUUUGGGUGGGAAGGCACAUUUUUUCUCUUUUUGAGAUUGUACUUAUGCAGCAAUGUGAUACAGGAGAACAUAUAUGCAACAUCUUUGUGAAUUUUGGCAACAUAUUUUGUUCUUUCAUGCGUUAGUUCAGUUUGUUUUUGUCUAUUUAUUGUGUGUGUUCUAUUAAUAUUUUCAUCCAACUAAAGGUAGAUUUUAUCAGCUAUACCAAAGUAACCAACAUUCCAGUGUGUGUUACCACACAACACUUUACAGUACAUAUCCAUUUGUGGACCCGUGCUUAUACAACUUUAGAGUGAUGUCAAAUAUGUAAUGACAUGUAUGGAGUUUGUAUGGCAUUGUUGUGAUGCUAUGGUCUCAGAGUCUGAACUCCAAUCGUCAAUGACAUCACGUGCAUUCUGUUUGUAUGGCAUUGUUGUGAUGCUAUGGUCUCAGAGUCUGAACUCCAAUCGUUAAUGACGUCACGUGCAUUCUGUUUGUAUGGCAUUGUUGUGAUGCUAUGGUCUCAGAGUCUGAACUCCAAUCGUUAAUGACAUCACGUGCAUUCUGUUUGUAUGGCAUUGUUGUGAUGCUAUGGUCUCAGAGUCUGAACUCCAAUCGUUAAUGACGUCAUGUGCAUUCUGUUUGUAUGGCAUUGUUGUGAUGCUAUGGUCUCAGAGUCUGAACUCCAAUCGUUAAUGACGUCAUGUGCAUUCUGUUUGUAUGGCAUUGCCUUGAUGUUAAACUCCAUUAGAGUCUUGGGUCUAGAAUCUAAAAGUUUUAGAAGCACACGGUCAGUCUGUUUUGUUAACACAUAUCCAUCUUAGAUAAUUUGUUCUAAAUGUUGACAUGGCAGGGUUCAACCAGACUGGUUUCAUGUUUAGACUAAGUUUUGUUUUGCGGUGGCCAUGUGUUAAAAGAUGCCUAAUGAGCAAACGUUUUUAAUGUUAUUACCCAUAAUAGUCAUAUCCUAUAAUACAGUCAAAUCCACUUAUUUGGAUGUGCCUCAUGCAACAAAAAUAUAUUCAACUAAGCAGCAUAUACAAUAAACCGAAGUACGAUUUCCACAUACAGUAACCCCAAUUAGGACUGCUUCAUGAUUUAUGCAAAUCAGAAUUAUGAUUCUCCCAAUUGGGAGUCUCUUGACAUGUGCUAUUUUCGUCAGAAUGAGCAAUGUAUUAAAUGCCAUUACCCCUAAUAGUCAUGUCCUGUAAUCGUGGUUCAUUUCCAAAUUUUCUACUCUAUUUCAUCACUGUAACAAAUGCAGCUACCUUUAAUGUUGCACCUGCUCAAUAAUUGUAUUUAUAGGGUUGGGUUUUUUGUUGUUUGUUUGUUUUCUUUAGUUGGUGUUCACUCUUUAGCUAUGUUUGCCAUUGUUCUUGCAUAUUUUCACCUUUUCUGUGGAUUGUAGUCCAAAUUCAUAUUCAAAUGCAUUAUAUAUACAGCAUGUUUUUGUGUUGCUUUUGUUCAUUUGGAUUACAGACAAUAUCUUUUGUCGGGAAAUGGACCAGGGCCCCAUUCCACGAAGCGAUCUUAAAGCUAAGAUCACCUUAAGUGCAUAAGUUAGUUAAUGUAGUUGAUCUUAGAGCUAAUUUUGCUAAUUUUGCUUUGUGAAACGAAGCCCAGGGGCCCAUUUCACUAAACAUCGUAAGUUACGUCUGCUACUAGCAGUUAUACCGGUUGUGCGUUCACACGUGUUUGGCAUCAAUUUCACGCAGAAAAUUACAUCAUUACGGAGGCUGGAGUAAUUUAAAGACGAAAGAAAAUGAAAUAUGUGUUCUUCUAACUAUAUUUGUUGAACUAUAAUAGUAAUAAGAAUUGUGGUUUAGUCGUGGAUUUACGUUUACGUGCAAAACUAGGCUUACGAUGUUUUGUGAAAUUGGGCCCAGGACAGUUAAUAAUAGUAUGUCUCCUUAUUGUUAUUCACAUAUAAUAGUAAAAGAUGGGGAGGGGGAGGCCGGUAUAAUUAUGCAUGUUAUGUGUACUAAUUACAAUUUUUAAUUCACCUGAAUUUAUGUUUCACAUAUGUACAAUGUACAUUUAUUCUGACAUUUUUGUACAGAUUUGUUGUCCCGUGUUCUUGUGGUUUAAUUGUUAAGGAAUUUAAAAAAAGUACAUCUUUUCAGAAUUGAUAAAAUUACAGCAGUUGUGCAUACAACUGGUACACCACUAACGUUAGUAUAGGAGGUCGAAAUGGUCAUUUGUUUUAGCUAGAUACAAUCUUGUGGUGCAAGGAAUACGUUAUGAUGCAGUUAUGUUUAGUUUAUUAUUUGGUUAAAUUUGGGUAUCCGUUAAGACUCCUGAUUACUCCACCAGUGUAGGUCUCAAGUUAUAGAUAAAAACAAAACAAAUGUUCAGUCAUUGGAUUAGAAUAUUAUUGUCUUGUUUUGUUUCACAUAUGUGGACUAAUAUGGCCGACAAACAUUUACAAGAUAGAUGUUGAUUGGAAUGAAUAAUUAUCAGUAAAUAGGCUAGUGUGUUGAGUGUUUAAUAUUGAUGGUCGGCUGCUGAUUUUCAAUUUUGUGUUGUUUUCACUCGGAUGGUUUUAAUACAGAUGACACCAGUUGCACAUUGUACUGAAGUUAUCACUUGGGUAUUGUCAUGUUUGAUCUUCAGUCUAGACAUGUUAUUUUAUGUAAAUACUCACACACACUGCAAACUGUUUAGAGUAGGGUUUUUUUGUUAUGAUCCGCACUGACUGCAUUACCCAAUUGUUAUGUAUUCAGUGAAUGGAGCAAAAUAAAAUAUUUUUAAAGCGGCAAUGUCGAAAUUCUGUUUAAAUGUAUUGUGGGGUUUUUCUUUUUAGUAAAUGUUUUAACCUCUUACCAUUGUUUUGGUAUAAAGUUGAUCAUGUGUUUUGUAUAUAUCUGUGUAAUUUGUUUCAGUGAGAAUAUUGUGAAUAAUUACUAACUUGUCAAUGAACUGUCAUCGAGGUUUUCAGCUGGUUUCCAGCUGAAAUUAAAAUGACUGAAGAAUAAACCUGUGUGAAUGGGUUGAAUUCGUCAUAAUAAUCUUAACAAUUACUAACUGAAUGGCUUGUAAUCUUCAGAAAAUAUAUAUGGACCAGUCAUAAACAUGACAGAAACCCUUCUCCACAUUUUCCAUUUUUAAAGGCUUUUUUAUGUUCUUCGGCUUAGACACAACUGUAAGGAAGGUAAUUGUUGCUUACAUUUGAGCCAUAAUAAAUAUAAGUACGUCAUUUUGUUAUGCUGCUUCAAUUUGGUUCAUAAUGAAAAAGAAUACUUUUGUUUUACUACAUUCUUAACACUCGACAACAAGCAAAUUCACACACAUUCUGUAUCCAAUUUGAAGAAAUUGCUUAUUGUUUUUUGUUUGGGUUGGGGGGUUUUCAGGAUGGGAUGGAUAGAGAAAAAUCUAGUGAUUGUUGCCGAUAAGUUGUACAAAUAUACAUAUAUCAAAGUGGUUAGUGUGAUGUUCGUAAAAAUUGUUUGUUGCUUGCAAAACUGUUGCUUUAAUUAUAUAGCUUUUUUUAUUGUGAAUAAUACCUGUUUACAGACAAAAAGAGAAUCUCUAUAUAUUGCCAAAUACAGUGCCUGUAUAUAAAUUUGUGAGCAAAUUGCUCAAACUGACAAUGAUAUCAGUUUGACUCAAAUUUAUAUUAGGUUUGUCAUGGAGUUUUGUUAUCAGCAAAAAUAAGACUUGGUAAAAUAAUUGGUGUAUUCUGUGGAACUUUUAACAGUACCGAGUGAAAAUUAGGUUUUGAAUUCAAUGCAGUGAAAACUAUUUUGGAACAUUUGAUUUAAAUUUUAGUAUCAAGUCAUUGAUUGUUUUGUUUUUUUAAAAACUAUUCAAAAUUACAAAGACGAUAGAAAAGUAUAUACCCUGAAUUUAAAUAACAUAGUUUUAUCUUAGUUUUACCCCACUUCCUUCCAGUGUUGUACAACGUGAAAUUUUAUAAUAUAGAAGAUUAUUUUGGUUAAAGGUGUAUGUUUUUUCUGAUCUCUGCAGUAUUUUUCAGUACAGAAAUCUGAUUGGUGUAUAUUAUGUAGAUCUGUGCUGCCAUUGGUGUAUUUCGUGUUGGCUACAGUGUCCGUCCAGAAGUCCUGAGACCACUGUUUAAAGUGUUCUUUAUCUUGUUAGGAUGUUCCACACUUGGAUGUUGUGUGCACGUCUACAUGUUUUAAAACUUGUAACAUGUUAAGCAUGAUUUUGACUUCAGUGUAGUCACAUUUAUAUACUUGUGAAAAAAGUUCCCAUGCACAAAAUAAAAUGGCUGAAAAUUGUGACUUGUGUGGACACAUCAUAAUAAUUAUUAAAUCAUCUCAUAUUUAUGAAUGGUCAAUAAAUAGUUUUUUGAAAACAAAUUUGAUUUUUCCUUCAAUACCAUUUAAUAGACCUAUCAUGUGCAAUAUGUGCACAGGAACUUUUUUUCACGAGUAUAUAAAUAUAGAUGUAAGAAAGAUGUUCAUAUUUGUGAUACUCAAAGCCAAAUUCAUCAUCUUUCAAAACUGCCAUGGUCAUCUUGGCAGUAUUAAUAGCUUCUAGAGAUAGUUUAUGUGAAUAUAAAAUAAUUAUCUAUAUAAUAUAGAUUUGGCUUUUAUUUUGUUUAUAUUAUCCACCAGCAAUAUGUCACUUUUUUCCCCAGUGCUUGUGAAAUUCACUUGUAGUCAUACAGCUAGCUCUAGGUUAAUGGAAAAUACGUCAAAUUAUCUAUUAAACUUACAAAAAAAAUUGCAAAACCCUCUUUCUUCCAAAAUAUCAAUUAUUACAUGAAAUUAUUAUACCAAAUUGAAAUCAAAUUUGUCAGUUAUUUUUAAAAUUUGCAGUUGGCAAAUUUAGUAAGUGCCUGAGCUAACCUUUCACGGUUUUUAAUAUUUUAGCAUUUAAAAAAAAAUUCCACACCUUUUAUUCUUAUACUCCAAACUAUAAAACAGUACAGGUGUUAGGUCUAUAAUGUAAAGAUUUUGAGAACUAGAAUGUAAAGAUUUUGAGAACUAUAAUGUAAAGAUUUUGAGAACUAGAUAACUAUGAGACAUUCCAGUUUUUUGUGUGUGUGAUAUAUUUUACGACUUUUGUUUAGCAUGACAUUCCUGGUGUUGUACUAGUAGUUGUGAUUGUUAGCAUAAUUUUAAACAUUCCUUCUGUCAAUCAUUUUGUAAUCCUGUACAGUUGAAUAUAGUAUGCUUGUUAUAAUGUGCAGACAGUUGUUAGACAUGGUGAAAGAUACUGUUCAUCAGAUUAAAAAAAAAAAAAUCAAGUUGAAGUUGGAAAGUGUGUCAUAAUAGACAUGUAUUCAUCAGAAAGCUAGUUUGAUGAUUAGCAUAUUUAAGGUGUUUGUUUUCAUUGGCUACAACAAAUUGUAUAUAAUUAGCUAUGCAUUUUUAAAUAAAGUUCAAUUUAAGCAUUGUUGAACUGGAAAAGGUAUCUGGCUUUUAGAAAUAAAAAGCAAAAUAUACACUAAAUGUAGUUCAUAAGGCUUUGGGCUUUGUUUUGGGGGUUGGAGGGGUUCAAUGUUCAUGGAAUUCAAGUAGUAAGCUGAUGUAUGUAAUCAUAGUACAGGGCUAUAUGGCAAAUCAGUCUAGAUAUUUAAGCACCUUCAAGUGACCUCAGAUAAAUACUAUUACCCAACUCUAGUUCAUCCAGAUGAAUUUCCAUCCUUCUGUACUAUUCAAGCAUCUGGCAAGAUGACAUCUCGAGGACAUGGUCUCAAUUUAGGUAAUCUCGAACAAUUUAAUGUUCAAUUCAGUGCAUUAUUUUCCCUCUUUUUGUUCAUUUACCUGGGAAAAUCUGAAUUUAACAACGAUUUAUUUCUAAGCCAGAAGUCGCCUUUUAUAUCAAAAGUAAAUAGAUCCCCCCCCCAAAUAGAAACCUACAUGGAUGUACCAGUUGUUUUUUGCAAAAUAUACCCUGCUAUAUUUAUCAGGUGAGGCCAGUAUGCAGAUGGGAUGGGGAGCUGAUGGGUGUGUUUGCAUCACUGCUCGUGGGACAGAUUGUAUUAAUAGUCUUGUAUGUGCUGAGGAUUGUUUGACAAUCAUUGUGUGUACAUGUUGAAUGAGAGUUUGUGGAUCUAGUGUGAGAGUGUGUGUUUGUCCAACUCUUACAACAGCUGUCUGCUUUAGUGUAGCACUCUGAUGUAGAUAUGUGAAUGGGAUGAUAAUAGUGCCAUUCAGCUCAUACAGCUACAUGUACUUAUUACUGGUUUUAACUUGGUCCGUUGUUGUCUGCAAAGUUGGUCUCAUUUUUUUUCAAUAAAUGUGAAUAUUGUUUCA